GUUAAAAUAUAUAACUGAUAAUGCCAUAAUAGAUUUUAACUCUCACGUUUUGGGAUUAAAACAAUUUAAUUUAUUUUUGUGUCCGUCGUUCUACAUUAUGUCAAUAAUUAUUAUAGACUGAAUCAGUGUUUCAGUGUGAAUCAGUUUUUGUCUUAUGUGUUAUGAUUUUGUUUUUGAUUGUUAUGUUUAUCUAACAAUUUACAAUGCAUAUAAAAUCCUUAGUCAUUGACGGCUUUAAGUCGUAUGGAAAACGCGUGGAGUUGAAUAAUUUUGAUCCAGAAUUCAAUGCUAUAACUGGCCUUAACGGUACAGGAAAAUCAAAUAUUUUAGAUGCAAUAUGUUUCACUUUGGGAAUAUCAGCUAUGAACACUAUACGUGCUUCAACCAUGCAAGAUGUUAUUUAUAAAAGUGGACAAGCGGGUGUACAUACAGCUACUGUCACCAUCACUUUUGAUAAUAAAGAUAAAUCAAGAUCUGCUCCACAUUAUACACACAAUGAUGAAAUCGUCAUUUCACGAGAAGUCGGAAUGGGUUCUAAAAACACUUAUAGGAUUAAUGGUCUGACAGUGCCAGCUAAAAAAAUUAUGGACUUUUUUAAUUCUCUACAAAUGAAUGUAAAUAAUCCUCAUUUCAUUAUUAUGCAAGGUAGAAUUACAAAAGUGUUGAAUAUGAAACCCAUAGAAAUAUUGUCCAUGAUUGAAGAGGCUGCUGGCACUAAUAUGUACGAGUCUAAGAAGAGAAGUCUUGAAAUGACAGUGGGUAAGAAAGACAACAAAUUAAAAGAAAUGCGAGAUGUUGCCGAUGAAGAGAUUCUUCCAACUAUGGAGACUAUUGAGAAAGAAAAACAGAUGUUGGAGGAAUUAAAUAUGGUCCAUGGUCAGUUAAGAAUACUAAACGAGAAGCUGGAUAAUUGGAAUUAUGUACAACUAAAGAAAAUGGUAAAUCAAUUUUCUGAGGAUCUUGAGCAACUAAAUGUUAGAAAACAGGAGAAAGAAAAAUUGAUUGAACAAUCAACAAUUCAACUGAAAGAUAUGGAGGAGGAAAUAAAAAAAGACGAGGAAUUGCUUAAAAUUAACGGUGGAAAUAAUUUGAAUGUAUUAAAAGUUAAACUUGAAGAAACAGAAAAAGAAAAAGACGGUGUACAGCUUCAAGUUAAUGGAUGUAAAACAAAUAUAAAUAUUGAGGUUAAAAAAAUUAAAGAUCUGGAAAAACAAAUAAACAAUAGCAAGAAAGGUUAUGAAGCAAAGAAAAAAGAGAUGGAAGACUUUAAUGAGAUAAAUGCAGGUGUAGAAGAAGAGAACAAAAAAAAUAUAAAUGAUUUAGAUGAGAUUGAUAAAAAAAUACGAUCAUUAAAUUCAGGAAAUAUAUUUGGUGAUGAAGAUAAUGGUUCAGUGCAGGAAAAUAUUAAUAGAUAUAAUUUAGAAUUACAAAACCAGCAGACAGAAAACCAACAAUGUGCAAUUAAAAUUGAUGGAUUAAAAAAAAAAUUAAACGAACACUUAUCUGGUAUGAAAGAAGCAAAGAAAACAUAUGACUCACAAAUGGCUCAAUUAACAGCUAAAGAAAAAGAAUAUGAGAAAAUAAAAGAUGAAUAUAUAAAAGCUAGUGAAGCAUUAAAUCAACAUCAUAAUUUGAAAUCAAGUCGUGAUAAUUUACUCAGAGAAAUACGGAAUUUUAGUUCAAAAACUGAAUCGUUCGAAUCGAAUAAUCCAAAUUUAUUCUUUAGAUAUAAUGAUCCAAGGCCUAAUUUCGACCGACGUAAAGUACAUGGGCUUAUUUGCCGUUUAUUUACACCUAUUGAUUUUAGAUUUGAGCUUGCAUUAACAACUUUGGCUGGAGGUAAAUUGUACUUUAUUGUUGUUGAAGAUGAUACUGUCGGUAAAGAUAUUUUGGAAACUAAUAAGUUUUCAAAUCGUAUGAAUUUUAUACCUUUGAGUAAAAUUAAAUCUGAUAGUUUGCCUCCCAAUGUUAUACGUACAGCUCAACAAAUUGGUGGAGCUGAUAAAGUAUUUCCUGCCAUGUCCCUUAUAAAAUAUGACAAAAAACACUUAAAAGCCAUACAAUGGGUAUUUGGACAAGCAUUUAUAUGCACUACUAAGGAAAUUGCUGAAAAAGUUUGUUUUGAUAACAGAGUUAAUCGGCAUUGUUUUACAUUGGAGGGUGAUCAUUUCAAUCCUUCUGGUAGUCUUACUGGUGGAGCAAACACUCAAAGACUUAUUUUACAAUCAAUAGCAAAACAAGAUGAAAUUUCAUUAGAGCUUCAAGCAAAAAAAUCUGAGUAUGAAAAGGUUGAUAAUAGUUGCAAAGCUAUGCAUAAUUUGCCGGAAAAAGUUACACAAUUAAAAGAUCGACAAAUUAUAGUUCAAGAGGAGUUGGACAAAAUUCGAUCAGACGUACAAUUAGGACAACCUCAUCAACAAGUUACUGAAUUUAAUAAAAUUAAUCAGCAAAUAGCAGAACUGGAGUCUAAGUUAGUUGAAGGUAAAGCUAAUGAAAAAAACUUACAAAAAAAAAUUAAAGACUUAGAAAACAAAAUGAAAAAUGCUGAGAAUAUUCUAAAAAAACAGUUAAGCGAUGCAGAAAAAACUAGAAAAAAUAUAUUAGAAAAAAUAAAAAAAAACAAAACAGAAUAUGAUGGGAAAAAAAAUAACUACAACAAAUUAGAACUUGAAAUUAAAGAUUUAACUGGUCAGAUGCAAGAAGAAGAAAAUCAAUUGGUUGAGUUAAAUGUUGAAAAAAAGGAACUUGAAGAAAAGCUACUCACAUUGAUGUCUAAACUAGAUAAAGCUGAUGAAAAAUGUAAGGAAGCAUCUAAAGUAUAUGAAAGUCAGAAAGAAAUUGCAAUGCAAAAUUCUAAUAUGAUGCAGGAACAUAAAUAUUUAUACAAGAAGUUGAGUGAAGAAAUUUCAACUAGUAAAGUUAAUCUGGCAGAGCUUUCUUCAGAAAUAACUAAAAUGAAUAAUGGAUCAUUAACUGCAAAAGAACAAUUUGAGAAUAUUGAUAAAAGAUUGCCUGAAGAACAAAAAGAAAUGGCACUUAAAAUGGAUUUUACAAAUUUUAAAUCUGAGGAAUGCAAUCGGUCAGUUAAUGAACUGCAAGCUAGAUAUGAUCAAUUAGCAAAAGUUGUAGAUCCGGGUAAAUUGAAUAAUUUUCACAAACAUAUUCAAGAGUAUAAGCGUCUCCAAAAGAAACUGGAAACAAUUGUAAAGGAUAAAAUUAAAAUUAAUGAAAUAAUUGAAGAACUAGAAGUGAAAAAACGUCUUCAUUUACAACAUGCUUCAAAUCGUGUGAAUAUAGAGUUCGGAAAAAUAUUCAGUAGCGUAUUACCUGGUGCCCAAGCACGUGUAAAACAAACAAAUUUAGAUGACAUUACAGCCGGCUUAGAGAUUUGUGUUGCAUUUAACGGACUAUGGAAGGAAAGUUUAGAAGAACUAAGUGGUGGCCAACGCUCUUUGGUUGCAUUGUCUUUAGUCUUAGCCAUGUUGUUGUUCAACCCAGUUCCUCUUUACAUUUUGGAUGAAGUAGAUGCCGCUUUAGAUCUUUCCCACACCCAGAACAUAGGGAAAAUGUUGAAGCAACAUUUUAAACAAUCCCAAUUUAUUGUAGUAUCGCUCAAAGACGGUAUGUUCAGCAAUGCUAAUGUAUUGUUUAGAACAAAAUUUGUGGAUGGAUCUUCUGCAGUUACUAGAACUACUUGUAAUCAAACAGUUGAUAAUAGUUGCAAAGCUAUGCAUAAUUUGCCGGAAAAAGUUACACAAUUAAAAGAUCGACAAAUUAUAGUUCAAGAGGAGUUGGACAAAAUUCGAUCAGACGUACAAUUAGGACAACCUCAUCAACAAGUUACUGAAUUUAAUAAAAUUAAUCAGCAAAUAGCAGAACUGGAGUCUAAGUUAGUUGAAGGUAAAGCUAAUGAAAAAAACUUACAAAAAAAAAUUAAAGACUUAGAAAACAAAAUGAAAAAUGCUGAGAAUAUUCUAAAAAAACAGUUAAGCGAUGCAGAAAAAACUAGAAAAAAUAUAUUAGAAAAAAUAAAAAAAAACAAAACAGAAUAUGAUGGGAAAAAAAAUAACUACAACAAAUUAGAACUUGAAAUUAAAGAUUUAACUGGUCAGAUGCAAGAAGAAGAAAAUCAAUUGGUUGAGUUAAAUGUUGAAAAAAAGGAACUUGAAGAAAAGCUACUCACAUUGAUGUCUAAACUAGAUAAAGCUGAUGAAAAAUGUAAGGAAGCAUCUAAAGUAUAUGAAAGUCAGAAAGAAAUUGCAAUGCAAAAUUCUAAUAAGAUGCACGAACAUAAAUAUUUAUACAAGAAGUUGAGUGAAGAAAUUUCAACUAGUAAAGUUAAUCUGGCAGAGCUUUCUUCAGAAAUAACUAAAAUGAAUAAUGGAUCAUUAACUGCAAAAGAACAAUUUGAGAAUAUUGAUAAAAGAUUGCCUGAAGAACAAAAAGAAAUGGCACUUAAAAUGGAUUUUACAAAUUUUAAAUCUGAGGAAUGCAAUCGGUCAGUUAAUGAACUGCAAGCUAGAUAUGAUCAAUUAGCAAAAGUUGUAGAUCCGGGUAAAUUGAAUAACUUUCACAAACAUAUUCAAGAGUAUAAGCGUCUCCAAAAGAAACUGGAAACAAUUGUAAAGGAUAAAAUUAAAAUUAAUGAAAUAAUUGAAGAACUAGAAGUGAAAAAACGUCUUCAUUUACAACAUGCUUCAAAUCGUGUGAAUAUAGAGUUCGGAAAAAUAUUCAGUAGCGUAUUACCUGGUGCCCAAGCACGUUUAAAACAAACAAAUUUAGAUGACAUUACAGCCGGCUUAGAGAUUUGUGUUGCAUUUAACGGACUAUGGAAGGAAAGUUUAGAAGAACUAAGUGGUGGCCAACGCUCUUUGGUUGCAUUGUCUUUAGUCUUAGCCAUGUUGUUGUUCAACCCAGUUCCUCUUUACAUUUUGGAUGAAGUAGAUGCCGCUUUAGAUCUUUCCCACACCCAGAACAUAGGGAAAAUGUUGAAGCAACAUUUUAAACAAUCCCAAUUUAUUGUAGUAUCGCUCAAAGACGGUAUGUUCAGCAAUGCUAAUGUAUUGUUUAGAACAAAAUUUGUGGAUGGAUCUUCUGCAGUUACUAGAACUACUUGUAAUCAAACAUAAAUUUAAUUUUGAAUUUGUAAUUUUUUUUUAUAACAACAGUUUUUAAAUUAAAAGUUGUAUCCGACUUACAUAAUAUAAAUGCAGCUUGACUUGAUCUUUUUUUUGUUGUGCUCCAAUAUUGUAUUUAUAAAUCUAAAGUUUAUUUUUUGUAUUUUUUUUUUAAUAUUACUAUCAUUACUUAUCUUGUCGAGGCAUUUCAAUUUUAUUUUAUAUAUUUUUUUUAGUUAAAUUUACUAUUCAUGUUUUGAUAUUUAAAAGGACAACUAUACAAUUUUUAAAAGUUUUUUUAAUAUUAUGCUAUUUAGUAAUAAUUCUUAAGACAAGAAAUUUAUAUGGUUAAUUUAUACUUAACACUCUUUACAAUAUUAAAUGUGUGUACAAAUUUUAUAAUAUGUACAAUAAAACUAUAAACAUUUAAUAAU